AUGGCCGGCAAACUUGCCCUGGUCUUCAUAUUGAUGCACUUAAUCCACGCCCUGACCCUUCCUACUCCCUACGAAAACACCAUCGCAUCGAACUCCCUUGCAUCGGCCAAUACGCUCAACAAGCGAUACUACUUCCCGGAAACCCUCCCCGAUCAAGAUGAGCUCGAAGCCAUGUUGAAGGAGACCGCCAUGCGCGAAGCAGGCUUCGUCCCCUCGUCAAACCCUCCUUCCAAGCUGCAGCCCGAAUCAAAGCAUAAAAUAAUGGAGACGGAGACCGAGACCGAGCUUCAGCUAUCACUUCCGAAUCCGGAUCCUGCGAUCGGCACGGAUGCAGCGGUAAAACAGGAUAGAUACGCACACCAAAACACAAAGCCGAAGAAGUCCAAGUCCAAGUCUCAUUCUCAUUCCCAUCUGAAAGACUCUAUCGUGGACGCAUUCGAAUCAGACGACUACCCAAUUUACUGGCCGCCGUUUGGAUUCUUCGUUAUCUCGGCUGCGAUUGUGUGCUUCUUUACCAUACUAAGGGGGAUCCGCGCGAAAAAGUGA